CAGAUAUUUUUUGCCAUGGCCAAAACGGACAGCAGAUGGGGACAGAAUUACUUUCGUGAAAGCAAUAAAUACACAUAACUAUGAUUUUUAUUCUACGAUUGGCUAUUGUUUCAACGUUUUUGAUUUGAGGAUGGCCGAAGAUAUUUGUAAUUCCGAAAUUGUAGUCACCGAUUUGCAGACAGCGAAUUUAGCACAAUUGACUAUAAUGACUCCAGUUCAUAUGAAGAAAUUUGUUAUGAUUCUGGAGAAAGUCUACAGCAACCGAGUAAAGCAGUUUCACUACGUAAAUUGCCCAUCAUUUGCAUACAGUAUACUGACAUUUCUCAAAUCACUCAUGAAGCCAAAAUUAGCUUCGCGGGUAUAUUUCCAUGCAGACUCUUCCAAAAUUGGAGAAAUCCUACCACUUGACUUAUUACCCAAGGAUUUUGGUGGUUCGGAAAUAUCACUUUAUGAAAUGAAUGAAUUAUGGAAAAAGAAGUUGGCGAAAAACGGAGAUCGAUUUGAUGCUCUAUGCAAAAUGAAAAUCAACGAAAAGUUAAGACCAUCACCUUUGGUCAACGAUGAAAUUCUUGGGUUUCAUGGAAACUUUAGGAAACUGGAAAUGGAUUGAUUGUUGUAAUCAUUUCGUGAUUCACUGUUUGUUAAUCCCUUUUUAAUUUAAUAUCACAGCUAAAACACUCAUAUUGCAUAGAAACAAAAGUGUGUCAAUAAACUGCAGAAUAGUAUGAAA